UGGUACAGCCAGCAUCUUGCAGCACAAUGGUUGCAAGGUGGUGAGCUGAGGGAGAGUGAUUCAGCAUCAGCAAACCUCGGUUCGGUCCACCUCUGCUUCUUUUCCCCCUUUCUCUCUCGUCUUCUUUUUCGGACCCCUUUUUACCUCUCCCUCCUCACAUCAAUGAACGUUUUCAUGAAGCCUUCAGCUAUGGUCUCCGCAGUGUUUCCCGUCGGGAUGUUUUGAAAAGGACAGGCACAGGACUGGGAUCGUCAUCAACUGGCACGGAAUGGUAUUUAUGAGCAGACAUUUCUUAUAUAACUGCAGCCAACCAGUCCUGGAUGUAAAGAUAGCCUUUUGUCAGGGUUUUGGAAAACAAGUGGAUGUGUCAUAUAUUGCCAAGCAUUACAACAUGAGCAAAAGCAAAGUGGACAACCAGUUCUACAGUGUGGAAGUGGGAGACUCUACCUUCACAGUUUUAAAACGCUACCAGAAUUUAAAGCCCAUUGGUUCUGGAGCUCAGGGAAUUGUCUGUGCGGGCUAUGAUGCUGUCCUGGACAGAAAUGUAGCCAUCAAGAAGCUGAGCAGACCCUUCCAGAACCAGACCCAUGCCAAGAGGGCAUACCGGGAGUUGGUGCUCAUGAAAUGCGUCAAUCACAAAAAUAUUAUCAGUUUAUUAAAUGUCUUCACACCACAGAAAUCAUUAGAGGAAUUCCAGGAUGUGUAUCUAGUGAUGGAACUAAUGGAUGCCAACUUGUGCCAGGUGAUUCAGAUGGAGCUUGACCACGAGAGAAUGUCCUACCUGCUCUACCAGAUGCUGUGUGGUAUCAAACAUCUGCACUCAGCCGGCAUUAUUCACAGGGAUCUCAAACCAAGCAAUAUAGUGGUGAAAUCAGACUGUACCCUGAAAAUCCUGGAUUUCGGUCUGGCUAGGACUGCAGGCACCAGUUUCAUGAUGACCCCGUAUGUGGUGACUCGAUACUACAGAGCCCCAGAGGUCAUACUAGGAAUGGGAUACAAGGAGAAUGUGGAUAUUUGGUCGGUGGGGUGCAUUAUGGGAGAAAUGGUGCGCCACAAAAUCCUUUUCCCUGGCCGGGACUAUAUUGAUCAGUGGAACAAGGUGAUCGAGCAGCUGGGCACGCCCUCGCCAGAAUUCAUGAAGAAACUUCAACCCACAGUGAGGAACUAUGUCGAGAACCGGCCAAAGUACGCAGGCCUCACCUUCCCCAAACUCUUCCCCGACUGCCUUUUCCCUGCUGACUCUGAGCACAACAAACUCAAAGCAAGCCAGGCUAGAGACUUGCUGUCUAAGAUGCUGAUUAUCGACCCUGCUAAGCGGAUGUCAGUGGAUGAGGCCUUACAGCACCCCUACAUCAACGUGUGGUAUGAUCCGGCUGAGGUGGAGGCGGCCAGAGAUAACAUCCAAAUAUCCAUGCCUCCACCUCAGAUCUACGACAAGCAGCUGGAUGAAAGAGAACACUCCAUUGAUGAAUGGAAAGAACUAAUCUACAAAGAGGUGAUGAACUUUGAGGAGAGAACGAAGAAUGGCGUUGUGAAGGGACAACCUUCACCUUCAGGUGCAGCCGUGAACAGCAGCGAGAGCCUCCCUCCCUCCUCCUCAAUCAACGACAUCUCCUCCAUGUCCACCGACCAGACCCUGGCCUCAGACACUGACAGCAGCCUGGAGACCUCUGCAGGACCCUUGGGGUGUUGCAGGUGACUAGCCGCCUGCCUGCGCAACCCCAUGUUCUUCCGAAGGUGAAGAACCCAACAAAAACGACCGCCGGAAAAUACGAAGGCAAAACAAAAAGACAAAAAAAAGAGUAAAGAUCAAAAUUAAUAUAUUAAGAACAAAAAUAUGAGAUAUAGGAAUCUGAAUUUAUGAAAUCUAAAGCCUGUGCAUUGUCACUGAAAAACAGCAGCGGUAUUCAAGUAAAUGAGCUCAGAUAUAUGUUAAUGAUCCUCUAGUUGCUUUGCUUAUAUUACCCCUCAUAUUCUUGUAUAUGGCAUCAGAUCAAAAUGACCAAGCGCUUAGACUUGCAUCUCCUGUAAAGUGCAUAUUGGCUGGCUGCUGGUCUCCCAAUUCCUUACAGACAAAAAAAAAAAGCAACCAAAAGAAAAGCAUUUAUGCUCCGAUCAUUGUGGCAAGGUGGGCUGCCAUUUUUGCUCAUCACUACUGCUAAAUGGGGACUUUGCUCUCUUUCCUCCCCCAGCCCCUCUCCCCUAUUCAGCUCUUAUUUAAUUACACUGCUGUAUUUUAACAUCUAGGCUUUGUGUGAGACACCGCCACCCGCCCCCCCCCAAAAUGUAAGGUUUCCUGAUGUGUUUUCAUGUGGUAACUCUGCAGGGACAUGUUCCUGCUGUCACCAGGAGUGACGCCCCCCCCUGUGCUAAUUUGUAAAUAUUGUAAUUCUGUACAGCUGAAGGGCACACAGAGUGGGACUGACGGCCAGUAAACUGGGAUUUUUUUCCUUCUAUUUUUCCGACUAGCACACCUUGCCACAUCACCGCUUUCCACUUCAGUUGCCCCUGCCUAUCGCUGUAGUCCUGCAUGAUUAGAUUUAAACAAUGCUAAUCUCACUGUAUGCUAACGAGUCUGUAUAGAGACUUUUGUUUAUAUACAAUGUAAACUAACUGGGCACAGUAGGACGUGUGAGUGUGUGUGUGUUGGUGGACCACAGGCAAGCCAAUAAGACACUGAUAAAAGUCGGGGCUGUUUAGGACGGAAAGGGCCAGUACACACAGAAAUAAGUUAUUCUGAUUGUGCUCAGACUUCACGAGACAGCCUUCAAGAAGUCUAAUUUGUGUGUAAUGUCCCUUUUUAUUUCCCCUGGCAGUGUAUGAUCGGUCCCUCAACCACAGCCCUGCAUGUCAUUGUUUAUCAUUAAACCCCCACAGGCACAGGAGUUGGAUCGGUUUCACUGUGGAAUAACCACAAAGAACCUUUUCCCCUUUUUGUUUGACUCUUUAAAACAUAGCAGAAGUGAUACAGUACGGAGUUUUUAAGACAGGUGAUGAGUGUUAACCUUGUAGCUAUGGCUCAUCUUCUCAUCUGCUUUAUAUCACUGCAAACCACACAAAAAUGUCGCAACACGAGAAAGCACCCAUUAAAUGAUUUCAUAGGCGAAAGAUUCUUUAAUUUAUUGAUUUAUAUAUUUUUGAUAGAUGGAAUCUGAACAUGGCAAGUGCCUUUUGGAAUGAAGCAUUGCAGGUGCAGAAAUGAUAUAUUUUUGUUUCCCUCUGUUUGUUCUUGUUCUGCCUUAAAACUGUCUGAGCCCCAAAGCUUAACUAUGUUUUCCUCAGUGUUUACAUAAAAAAAAACCCUCCCACAAAUUUUUCUUUUUACGUUUUAAUUUGACCUCCUUGGGUUUUUUUUUAAAAUUUCUCCUACAAAACCAAAUUAGCUUCCUUAAAAUAGUGUAACCAUAUUUUCUCCAGCUGGGGUGCAAUGCUCAAAUAUUCACAUGCAAAAUGCAUUUGCACUUUGCAAAGGCUUGGCAGCUGUACUGCUCUCAUCUCAAGUUAACGUCACAUCUCACAUUUAUCUGUGCAAACUCAGUGUUCUUAAAUGAAACAAGAAUAUAAAACAGUUUUUGCCAGACUGAAAUAAACUGAGAUCCACUAUGGCAGAGUUUAUUUCACCCACUGUGAACCUGCAUGGGCAAGUUAGGGUAAUUUGGCAUGGUAAGACCUUGGAGCUGGAUUUAUAUGGACAAAACAUACAUAAUUCCUCACUUUGGGCAUUUUAUUUUGUUUCAAAAGGUGUUUUGCGAUGAUCCGGUAAAUGACAGCAAUUAGGUUAGAUGAAGAACACGAAUGCUCACACUGACUUGUAAUGAAACACAUGGGAGCCUCCGCAUGUAUGAAAUAGAUUCAGUCGCUGCCAUGACUUUAAGGAGAUGUGGAGACAUCGUUGCCACAUAUUUAUUUCAGUGACAGUAUAAGUCUGUAACCUUCAGUUCAGCUGCUGCUGCACAAUGACUCUUUUUUGCAUGGAGUUGUUAUGUGUACAAUCUCUCACAGUCCUCCACAUUAUGGAGAUAACUUCAAAAAGCUACUUUGUUAACACUCUAACUCCCUGUGGCUUGUGUACAGUGAACCACACACAGACUAACAGACUAACCUUCGCAGAGCUCAGAGGGUAACUGAGGUUGGCGUCUCCAGAAUAAGCUAUGGCUAGCUUGGCUUUUUGUUCAGGGUCUGGCCAGGGCAAUCUUUUAAAACAGGGUGCAACUUUGAUGAAAUCCUUUGUUUAAAAAAAUGUUUUGAUGAAUUUCUCACAAAAGGGGCGCAGAGUCGACCUCUACACCACAAACACACAAAGUACUGUUGCAGUUUUUUCUACAGGGCAUUUUUAACCAUCCGAACACACUCUUCUUUCUGUAUCUUUAUAUGUUCUGGUCACGGAGUACAAACACUAACAUUGCUAAUGUUUGGGGUUUUUUUCACUUUUUCUGAAUGUGAACUGUUUGAUCUUUUUAUAAGACGUCCCUCCAGACAAUUCUGUUGUGAUAAAAGGCGCUUUAGUUCGGGUAAAUAAAGUAGAAGAUUGAACUGGGUUGUCAGCGGUGAAUGUAGAAAUGAACGGUUUAACAGUCACGCACAUCAUUGAUGCUCUGCUCAUCAGUGUGAGUGUGAGAGAGAGAGAUUAAAUCAACCAGCAUUCAACACAAGCUGCAAGUCUGAGUUGAAAGGUGUGAUGUGGCGUCUGGAGAAAUGAUUUUGCAACACAUGUCUUCAUUUUUCUUUUUUAAAUUUUAAUACGAGAUCAUGACUUUUGUGCAAUUAUUUUGAAGAAUGUCAAUGGCGAGUAAGCACAGUUGUGUGUUUAGUAGUAGUUCAUGUGUGUAUUCAUGUUCUGUCACUUUGAAUUGAAUUAGAAAACCACUGUCAUUCCAGCCUUUAAUUUUUUGGAGGGGGUCUUAAAAUGACCUCUUAUGGAUUCAGGAUUAGUUUGCAGUUUUAUUAGUAAGCUUAAGAGCAUUCACACACUAUGAAAAAUGAUUACAUGUCACAAGUUGUACACAGCUGUGCCAACUUAAAAACAAAAACAAACAAUCUUUGGAUCUCCAGCUUGGCAAUUUUCACCUUUUUCUUUCAACUUCUAUUGUAAAUAAUAACAGUUCAACAAUGCAAUAAACACUUUAUUGCACUCAGACAGGGAGGCAAGCUACUGCAAGGGGUCAGAUGCUAAAAUGUUUAGAGUCUUAAAUGUGGAACUCUACAAUGACGAAACCCUGUAUAGCUCAUCUGAGUCAGGUGAUGUUGUUAUUCAGUUCUUUUCUGAUUCCUUCUCUCUUGUUUCUUUUACUCCGUGCUGUUUUAAUGAAUCAUUUCUUUGACAUUGUCAGGUUUAAAACAAAAAAAAUCAAAAAGAAACAAACAACAAAAAAAAGAAAUGGUAUUGUUUCAGGCUGAUCUCGAAGCUUCAGGCUAUAGCGUUUCAAGUAAAGUCAAAAACAAAUGCAAAAGAAAAAGAAAAAGAAAAAACUUACUGAAAGCUGUUACUGUAAACACAUUUUAAAGGAACUGUGUAUGUAAAAAAUAUUAUGUAUUAUGUAUGUGGUU